UCACGCCGCAUCCUUACUACUGCUACCAUUGGCAGCAGCGCGGCAGGAAGAAGGAAGAGGCGAUGAGCUUCUGUGAGGAGAGACCCAAGAAAGGCAUGAAGGGCUGGGCGCCGACGAUCCACCUCAACAUCGGCUUUGUCGUCGGUGUCCUCUUCAUGCUCCUCAUCUAUCUCGUCGUCUCGCAGCAGGCGGCGAUCAGCGGACUCGGCGUUGCAACGACGCUAGCACAAUGGAUCGCGGAGAAACAACUGAUUCAACGUCCUGGUGAAACAUUGGUCACUUCGGACUUGCAGCGGAUAUUGAACAAACAACUGGUUCAAGGUUCAGGUGAAUCAGCAGAGAAUGGCGAGGUGGUGCACAACACCAAGGGGUACUACUCCGAAACCUGUGAAGUCAACGGCGAUGUCCGCGUCAACGGCACAGCCCUGUCGGUGUCCCUCAUCCCGAGCAGCCGAUCGGAGCGCCGCGAGUGGAGGAUCCAGCCGUACUCGCGCAAAACCUUGCCGGGCAUCAGGGCGGUCACCGUGAUGCAGCUGCCGGACAAGGCCACCGCCCCGGCGUGCACGGCGCGGUACAGCGUGCCGGCCGUCCUGUUCGCGGUCGGCGGGCUCACGGGCAACUUCUGGCACGACUUCACCGACGUGCUGGUGCCGCUGUUCGUAGCAUCGCGGCGGUACGACGGCGAGGUCCAGCUCCUGAUCACCAACGCGCAGCCGUGGUGGCCGGCGGCGUACGCGCCCAUCCUGCGGCGGCUGUCCAGGUACGACGUCGUGGACCUCGACGCCGGCGACGAGCACGUGCGGUGCUUCCCGCGCGUCACCGUGGGGAUCCACAUGCACAAGGACCUGAGCAUCAUCCCCGAAUGGGUGCCGGGGCGGCGCCGCCUCUCCAUGCCGGACUUCACCGGCUUCCUGCGCGACAUCUACGCGCUCCCGCGCGGCGUGCCGGCGAGCCUGGCCCGGGAGCCGGGCAGGAGGCCGCGGCUGCUGCUGAUCGACCGCAGGCACAGCCGCCGGUUCAUGAACGUGCAGGAGGUGCUGCGGGCGGCGGAGGCGGCGGGGUUCGAGGCGGCGUCGAUCGACCUGCGGCGCGACGCGGGCGUGGAGGCGCAGGCGCGGGCGGUGAACUCGCACGACGUGCUGCUGGGCGUGCACGGCGCCGGGCUGGCGAACAUGCUGUUCCUGCCGCCGGGCGGGGUGCUGAUCCAGGUGGUGCCGUACGGCAAGCUGGAGCACAUCGCGAGGAUGGAGUACGGCGAGCCGGCGAAGGACAUGGGGCUCAGGUACCUGGAGUACAGCGUGGCGGCGGAGGAGAGCACGCUGAUGGAGACGCUGGGGCCGGAGCACCCGGCGAUCAAGGACCCGGACGCCAUCCACCGCAGCGGAUGGAACAACAUGACCGAGUUCUACCUCAACAAGCAGAGCGUGCGCGUCGACGUCGCCCGCUUCGCGCCCACUCUCGCGCAGGCGUUCGACCACCUGCGCCGGCAGUAAGAGGCAGGGGUGCUCGAGACGGUUUGAGAUGAUCUAGACUACAGUUCUCCCUUAGCCGGUCUGAUUUUUUGUUUCCAAAUGGCAAGUGCUCACUCCUUCCAAAUCCUAGGAUGUUUGAUUUUCUAAACAUAUAGUUUUUUUAUGUAUCUAAAUAUACGCUAUGUCUAGAUACAUAGUUAAAACUAUUAAUCUCGAAAAAUCAAGACGAUCUACAA